AUGACCGAGGACACAUAUGAUGAUAACACGUCCAUAUUAGAGAACGUGUAUGCGCUCAAAAGUUCGUUUGUAGACUCUCAACAGUCCACCAAUACCAUCAGAAUCUCGCCAGAUGGAUUGAAGCUAGCGACAUGUUCGUCAGAUGGGUCGGUACGAAUAUACGGAGAUAUCCUCAGUAAAGACGGCAGCCCUCCUAAACUAGUGACCACACUUUUAGGACAUUCCAAGGGUGUCUCUUGUAUAGAAUUCUCCCCCGUGAACUCCAAUAUCAUUGCGUCUUGUUCUGAUGAUUUAACUAUUAGAAUAUGGUCAAUCUCGAAGCUGAAGUGUGUCAAGAUUUUACAGAAGCACACUUACCACAUAACCACCAUUAAAUUCAAUUCUAAGGGUAAUUUGUUGAUUCUGGGAUCUGCAGAUGAAAAUAUCACGAUCUGGGACGUACUGAACUCGAAACCAAUUAAAACGCUUGCGGCCCAUUCAGAUCCAAUUUCUUCUAUAGCACUUACCCCGGAUAAUUCGAUAAUUGUUAGUGCUUCGUACGAUGGGUUGAUGAGACUAUUCGACACAGAACUGGGCCAAUGUCUUAAGACUUUGACCUACAAUAGCUCUUCCUACGGGACAGCUACAGCCCUGACCAACGACGUGGUUAAUGUGCCCAUAACCAAUGUAGAAUGUACGCCAAAUGGGAAAUACAUUCUCAGCUCUAGUCUUGAUGGUACCAUCAGGCUAUGGAACUACAUGGACAACAAGGUUGUGAAGACGUACGUUGGUGUAGAUGGAGGGAAGGUGUGUGAGAAAUUUAGUUGUGGAGCAAAGUUUAUAACUGGCAGCUCUCACCCUAACCCAUUAAUUGCAUCUGGUAGCGACUCUUCAGGAGUUUUGAUAUGGGAUGUUCAGUCAAAAAGGAUUAUAAGCCGAUUGGACACCCCCUCGGAGGAAAGCAAUUCCAACCCCAGCACAGUAUUGGAUAUAGAUGUGUACGACCAAGGUAAAAUAUUGGUCUGUUGUACAAGAGAUGGGACAGUCCAAGUUUACGAAAUGAUAUAA